UAUCCAUCGUCAUGAUAUUGUAACCUCACUCAUUAACCUAGCAGUCAGAUUUUUCCGUAUACAUUAUGCGCGUAACCUUAAUUAAUAUUAAGUUGUCACUAACACAUUGUGUCCAUUUCAUAUAGUGUUGAUAUAUAAUUGUAUAGGCCUAUGUUAAAUACAAUUUUAAAAAUAAUAAAAAAAUUACUGUCGGCCAAAAUUUUAAGGAGUUUUUUUCAUUAUUUUUAUGCAAAUAUGAAAUACUCGGAUUUGUAAUAUUAGGAGUGCUUUAAAAUAAAUAAAUCCCCGGCGAAAUUACGUAACAUUUUUGUAAAAUGCUUUUUAAAAAGCCGCAAACUAGCAUAGCGAGUAAAAAUAAGGUACAGGUACACAUGUAAGUGAAACUCGUUGUAUUUUCAUCUUAUGUAAUUAUUUAAAAAGUUUUUAAGUCAUUGCACUCUAAAAUAUUAUAAACUAGUGCCAGUGAACUGCAAACUAUCACGUGGGUUUGUAUUUACAUUUAGGGUUCAUACUCGGAAGGCAUUCCUUCCCGAGCUAUAUUGAUGCACAACUGCUAAACUGUCGCCGUAUGCAUUAGUCAUCUCGCCUCUCACUGGCCAAUGUCGUAUUAUAACAAAGACAAUCAUUCAAGCGAAUGUCCAAUCAGAUCGCGUUUCACAUAGCUAUCUUGGUCAGAAGAGAACGUGACUAAGAAUCUCAUUAAUAUGUAUUAUUAUUAAUAUAUUAUUGCACAUGCGCAAAGGCUUGUAUUUAUCACGUUCGGUUUGCCACGAUUCGUGGUGCUGUUAUCAAUCUGUCUCUUUUCAACAUCACCAUACAUACUUGCAAUACAUGUUACGUGUUAAAUACUAGCCAACAUACAAUAGUCGUGCAAAUAUUAGGUUAUUAAACAACUUCGUAUUUGGACGUUUUAUUGGGACGCAACAAUCUUGGAAGAUAUUUUAACGCUGUUUUAGCUCGCUUUUAAGUGCACUGAAAUUAUUUUCGCGAUGACAAGCGAAGUGGAGUUUCAAGAACCUCGUGACUCGGGAAACUCUUCCCCGCCGGGUCAAGCACCAACAUUAGGGAUGGACUUCAAUUUCGAGCAAAACAACGUAAAGGUGGAGUUCGAAGAUGAGCAGUGUCCUGUUUGUGGGGAUAAGGUAUCGGGUUAUCACUAUGGACUUCUGACCUGUGAAAGUUGUAAAGGGUUCUUCAAGAGAACAGUGCAGAAUAAGAAAGUGUAUACAUGUAUUGAGAAUAGGAAUUGUGCAAUUGAUAAAACCCAGCGAAAAAGAUGCCCUUAUUGCAGAUUUCAGAAGUGUCUCAAAGUUGGCAUGAAAUUAGAAGCUGUUAGACCAGAUAGAAUGCGUGGUGGACGAAAUAAAUUUGGCCCGAUGUACAAGAGAGAUCGUGCGCAGAAACAGCAAAUGAAAAAUAAGAUCCUUGCAACAAGGCAAGUUGUUGGGCCUGACAUUUCUAUGGCAUUGAAGAACAUCCACGCAGCAGCAUCCACUAGUUUACCUCUUUACCCGCCCCAAGCUGUAGUCAUCCGAGAUCCUCGCAAGCCUACGCUUAUGAACAUUCCACAGCCUAUUGCCUCAACCCCAAACGGCUAUAUGAAUGGACAAAUGCAACCUCUAAAUUACACAACAAAUUCCCAUUUACCGCCGACAUCUUGCAACUCACCAACGACGAGCAGCAGUCCUUUAGACGUGAAACCAGAACCGGACAAUACACCCAAGCUAAUUACAGAACUAUUGAAGAGUGAAACAGACCCUGCCCAACUUCAAAGUAAAGUUGCCAGUUUCAUGCAGUCACAAAUGGGAAUGACAGCCCCCGGGGACAUCUUUGGUAUGACGUGCAAGCUAGCAGACCAAACACUCUUUGCAUUCGUUGACUGGGCAAGAAAUAGCAUCUUUUUCAGGGAGCUUAAGGUUGAAGACCAAAUGAAGUUAUUACAGAACGCGUGGAGUGAGCUCUUAAUUUUCGACCACAUGUAUAGGCAAGUGCAUUACAACGGAGAUGGCAUUCUUCUUGUUACUGGUCAGACGAUCGACCCGAAAACUUUGCCAGCUCUUCCCGCAGGAAUGGAGAACGUAGCUGAAAGGAUAUCCAGGGUGAUCAUGAGAAUGCAGGAGUUAAAGAUCGAUUACAAAGAGUUCGUCUGCAUGAAGUUUAUGGUUCUAUUAAAUUCAGAUGUAAAUUCGCUGCAGGACAAGCACAUGGUAGACAGUUACCAAGAUCAAAUCAGUUCAACUCUUCUAGACUACACUACAUCUAAUUAUUCAGGUAUCCAUGACAAAUUUAGUCACCUCUUGCGUAUCCUUCCAGAAAUCCGUCACAUAGCAACGCGGGCGGAGGACUUCCUUUACUGUAAGCAUCUUAGUGGAGAGGUUCCUUUCAAUAGUCUCUUGAUGGAGAUGCUUCAUAGUAAACGAAAGUGAACGGGAUUAUAUCGGUUGAUUACAUCUAAUAAACACUGGAUCAUCUCGAAUUUUGGUAGCAGCCAUUGGAGCAAUCUGGCGCCACCUAGAGACGAUAGCUAUGUAGAGGAGUGGUUCACUUACGGGUGGGGAUAGAAUUCGAUUGGAGUGCUCUGCCACAAACGCCUCUCGACCGUAAGCUAAGGAGUCAUGUGGAUCAGCGACAGUAUUUUCGGCUAAGUGGUGGGGCUAUGUGGAUCAGCGAGAUUAUUUUAGGCUAAGAUGUCGGCUAGCCUAAUCUUUUUUUAACAAUGAGAUUAACUUCUCUGAUGUGUAGUACUAUGUUGGUGCUUGCCAUACUUGGAGGAAAUGUGCAGAUGAAGAAACAAAACUAUAAGAUUUAUGUUGCAGCACGUGAAACGUGUGUGUGUGCGUGUAAAUUACUGUACAAGGAAUACUGGUAGUCACCAGUUCAAACUCAAGCAAAAACAGAUUACUAACAUAAGAUUAAAAGUAUGAUAAGUAGAGUCUGCAGCUUUGUGGAUGGUAUUUUGUCCCUAGUUCUUGUCUGGUUUAGAGGUGGUUUAUCCAGAGUUCCUAUCAGGGAUCUCAGACGAUGGGUUACCUCUAGUCCCUAUCAAGACUAGCAGAUAGCAAGUUUGUUCAACCCAUGUUGAGGCCAGGUGACGAUAGGUUGACUCUAGUCCCUGUAAGAGGAGAAUAUUAAAUUCUCAAAACCAAAGAUACGAACCAAAGGUUGAUUAACAUUUGUGUUCGCUGUGUAACACUUUAAAAUUGAAGAGGUUUAAACUUUGUACAUGCAUUGUGUGUGAAUAGCUUCAGUUAUCUUGUCUUUUAUUAAUCGAAUUUAUUGUCUCGUAUACAAGUCUCUUCAAAGUUUUCUUGUGGUUUGUAUCGACGUUAUUAAUUUAACGGUUCUCGAAAAAAAAAUGGCGUACAACUAUAUCAACAUCAGUUAGUAUAUUGGUCGUUGAUAUUCUUUAACUAAUCUGUACAUUUCUCUUCCCCCGUUAAUUUCCUACCAUCUAUAGAAAUAUCGAUAAAGUAAUAACGUCACAAAAUUUACGGAAUCCACAGAAACUGUUUAUGAUUCAUAUUUUUUCAUAUUCCAGAUGAGAUACUGUGCAAUAUAUAACACAUAUCACUCAAAUUAUUACCGUAACGAAAUUUAAUAAUUGUUUGAUCUCCCUAGUAUUACUUUGCAGUGUGACACAGGUAACAUAUCAUUGAGUGAGACCUACUUAAUUCAUGUUCGGAUAAAUAGUUUAAAUCAACAGGGUAGCCAUUUCAUAUGACGUUUCAGUUUUUAUUUCUUUUAAUAGAUGAUGCAAAAACUAAUGAUAUCUAUUUAUAUAUUCUGGAAGAUGAAACCUAACAUUUCCAGUACCAAAAUUAUAUUUCUUCGAGGAACAAAGAAGGAGUCCUGCUCACUAUGUUUACUCAAAUUGUAUAAUUUGGUACCCAAGUGCUUGUUUUUAUUUUCUAUUGCUAAACCGCCAUUCAUAGACAUCUUAACGUUAAUUUUGACUAUAACAUUAUCAAUUUUGUAUUGAUUAUGUUAGUAUUUUUUUUUAAUAAGAUGACUGUUUAAACUUAAAGGAGCGUAUUCCACAAAGACAAAGCUUUGUUUUAACUUUCAAAGCGUUUCCGUAGUUUCCAAUGGUUCGAAGCUCUUUCUACGAUAAAGACAAAUUGGCUGGUUGGCUAAUUUUGGUUCAAACCAUAGUGAUAUAGAUUUGUAUCGUUAAGGGUUAGUAUUAGAUAACAAAUCACUGUAUAUAGAUAUGGUUUUCGGAAAGCCAAUAUAAAAAAUAUUUUAAGUUUUGUUAGUGUCUCCUGCCAUCCUGGCUUUAAGCGUAAGAUCGAAAACUUGUACAGUUAUGUGAAUAUUCACCGCACCGUUUAAUAAAUAAUACUGUGAAAUAAUCA